GCUAGAAGCCGCCGCAGGGCGCGUACCUCUGAGCGUGUGCCCACUAAAAUAAGUUCGCACAAUCUGGCUGCUCGUUUUUCGCUGGGCCGUCCAUAUAUUAGCGCCUCACAAGCUGCUCUCUGAGUGCCUGACCCUCAGGCUGCUCUCUUGCUCUGACCCUAAGCUGCUGCUUCCUUGAGCUGACCUAUGGCAGCACCACCCAUAAUAUCUGCCGCACGCGGCGCUGACGUCGAGACGCUCCGACGAUUGCUUGCGGAAGGUGUGUCGCCAGAUGAAAUAACGUGGGGUUUCGGUAGAACGCCUCUUCAUUGGUUGUGCAAUCCCGACACCUUCAACCCGGUUAUUUCCGUGAGUCCUAGUGAGGUCAGUGACUUCGUGACCUGCUUCAAGCUCCUUCGCGAAGCCGGUGCAAAUUUGGAAGCGGUCGAUGGUUGGGGGUACACACCACUUCAAUGUGCGGCUUACAGUGAAUUCCCCGAGUUGUUAUCGUUGCUAGUUCAAGCCCGCGUUAAUUUGGAUGCGAGAAGUAACGUUGGUACCACAGCGCUGCACCGUGCAGCACGUGUGUCAGAUAAGAGGGCCGAAGAUUGCGUCGACGUUCUCCUGGCCGGCGGUGCUUCCGUGAACGCAAGAGAUAGCUCCGGAGAGACACCUCUCGACGUGGCACUCUCACAUCAUUGUCGCCGUGUGUGGCCUUUAUUACUCCGCGCGGGCGCUGAGAUCCCCACGAACAACACGCACCCGUACAUCGUACGAGUCAGAAACGCCGGCAGCUUCAAGAAAUACGCGCAAGCCCACCUGGCGAGGGUCGCGAAAACUGUCGAGUCGAAGCUCGGCCUCCCCGCCCGGCCCGCGCGCCUCGUCGUCGAGUUCUGGCAUCACGCGGGCUACUACUGAGUAAUUUCACAUGUUUCACA